AUGAAAGUGGAUGUCACAGUUACUGGGUACGUACCAACUAACAUGAAAAAUGUUCAGUCGAAACGCUUUAAUCGUCUUAAGCGUCAUUUCAUACUGGCUCGAAUCCAUCUUCAAAACAGCAGUCAGACAACUGUCGAACUGAGUCAGCGCCUUCAGUAUCCAACUUCACUUCGACUAUGCUUUGCAUUCCGACGGGCUAUUGACAAAGUGCUUUUAGACUGCUUCGGCGACAUUUCUGGAUCUACAGCGCUGCAGUACGAUAUGUUACUGUGCCGUGAGGACUGUGUGGAAUCCGACAGUUGUAUCGAUUUCUUGUCUUGGUCCUUGGUCUUAUCAACCUUAGCAAUGGAUCUGAACAAACUGCUGUGCGCUCUCAGUUUUGUCGGUAUCAGCUUUGGUGGCGGGGAACUCUUACCCACAUUAUUCGAUUUGGCUGGUUAUUCCAGGACCCAUUUUAUCAUGUACAUUGAUGUUUUAGGUGUCUACGACACUUUAUUUGAAGUACCAUUCGAACACUCAAUCUUAGCUAUACAAUGA